AGUUUAAUUAAUCACUGUGAAUUUGUUAAGGAAUUGAUGGAUUACUUAGAUUUCCUGUAUUCUGGUAAAUGAAAUAUUUCUCGUAUUUAUGAUGUGUGCAAAGCAUUCUAUCGUGUUGAGAAGCAAGAUAAGUCUCUCACGGCCUAUUUUAUGGAAUUUAAGAAAGUAUAUGAAGAACUUAAUAUUUUGUUGCCUUUUAACCCCAAUGUGAAAGUCCAGCAGGCUCAACGAGAGCAGAUGGCUGUUAUGAGUUUUCUUACAAGUCUUCAUUCAGAAUAUGAGACUGCUAAAUCUCAAAUCCUAUCUAGCUCUGAAAUUUCCUCUCUACAUGAUACAUUCACACGUGUCCUUCGUACAGAAAGUACCCAACUUCCACAAACUACUAGUGGUGCUCUUGUUAGUCAAAAUAUGAAUGGACAACAGAGAAAUAAAGGAGGAAAUUCAAGCAAUAGAAGUAAUCAGCAUAAUGGGGAAACCAAUUCUAAUCUGGACUCAAAAGGAGUUAUUUGUUAUUAUUGUCAUGAGCCUGAUCAUACAAAAUACAAUUGUCUAAAGCUUCAGAGGAAGAAUCAGCGGUCUCAGAUGGCAAACAUGGCAAUAGAUGAGUCUACAGUUGCACCCUCAUCUGGGAAAACUGUCUUAAUAUCUGUAGAGGAAUAUGCACAAUUUUUCCAAUAUCAAGCAUCUCUAAAAGCCUCUAAUUCCCCUGUCACUGCUAUCGCUGAGUCAGGAUCUUACGACAAAGCAGAUUAUUGGUAGAGGAUAUGAGUCCGGUGGUCUCUACAUUCUGAAUAAAUAUGUACUGCAAUCUCUUACUUGCUCCAGCACCUUAACUCCGCUUGAAAUUCAUUAC